ACGGGAGUGAAAAUGAGAGACUGGAUUGGAGAGGCGGUUCUUUGAUUCUUCGGCUGCGACGAAAUAAAACCUUUGUAUUCACAUGCUGUAUACCGAUUGUGUUCUACAGUUCUCUCAUCGGACCACAUAUCGUACUGAGUUUUCAGUUUGCGGAAAACUAGUUCAGCUUUAAUUAGAAGCUGCAAGUUCUCCUGCUUGCAUUCCUUCUCCUAUUUUAGGGUUUUAGGGUUUCAAUCAAUUGGAGGUAUCUCUCCUCUGAACUCUACUGAAGAAGAUGUCUCACCCCGGCGGUGGUGCGGAGGCUCAUGCGAGGUUCAAGCAGUACGAGUACAGAGCAAACUCAAGCCUCGUCCUCACAACCGACUCCCGGCCUCGAGAUACCCACGAGCCGACUGGCGAGCCGGAGUCCUUGUGGGGCAAGAUCGACCCCAAAUCCUUCGGUGACCGUGCCUACCGGGACAAGCCGCCUGAGCUGGAGGAGAAACUGAAGAAAUCUAAGAAGAAGAAGGACCGUGACCCUGCCCUCGAUGCCCCUCCUCCCAGGACCAAAAAGAGGCGCCUCCAGGAGGAGAGCGUCCUCACCUCAUCCGAUGAGGGUGUUUACCAGCCCAAGACCAAGGAGACUAGGGCCGCCUAUGAGGCCAUGCUCAGCGUCAUCCAGCAGCAGCUGGGCGGCCAGCCCCUUAACAUCGUCAGUGGGGCCGCCGACGAGAUCCUGGCCGUCCUCAAGAACGACAACAUCAAGAACCCCGACAAGAAGAAGGAGAUCGAGAAGCUGCUGAAUCCCAUCUCGGCUCCCACCUUCGACCAGCUUGUCUCCAUCGGCCGCCUCAUUACCGACUAUCACGAUGCCGGCGAUGCGGGUGAAGCUGCUCUGAAUGGGGAUGAAGGGCUCGAUGAUGAUGUCGGUGUUGCUGUUGAGUUUGAGGAGAACGAGGAGGAGGAGGAGGAGAGUGACCUGGAUUUGGUUCCGGAGGAUGAGGAGGAUGAUGAUGAUGUGGCAGAGAUGGACGGCUCCGGGGCUAUGCAGAUGGGCGGCAGUAUUGAUGACGAGGACGGGCGGGAGGCCAAUGAGGGGAUGACGUUGAAUGUGCAGGACGUCGAUGCGUAUUGGCUUCAGAGGAAAAUUUCUCAGGCGUACGACCAGAAAAUCGACCCACAGCAGAGCCAGAAGCUUGCGGAGGAGGUUUUGAAGAUUCUUGCCGAGGGGGAUGACCGCGAGGUCGAGACCAAGCUUUUGGUGCAUCUGCAGUUUGACAAGUUCAGCCUGAUCAAGUAUUUGUUGAGGAACCGGUUGAAAGUGGUCUGGUGUACUCGCUUGGCGAGGGCCGAAGAUCAGGAGAAGAGGAAGGAGAUCGAGGAGGAAAUGAUGGGGAUGGGAUCUGAACAUGCUGCGAUUUUGGAGCAGCUGCAUGCCACAAGGGCGACUGCUAAGGAGAGGCAGAAGAAUCUGGAGAAGAGCAUUCGGGAGGAGGCUCGAAGACUGAAGGACGAUAGGGAUGGUGACCGGGCCCGUCACGGGCCCGCUGAUAGGGAUGUUGAUGGCGGCUGGCUGAAGGGGCAGCGGCAGCUUCUUGACCUGGAUAGCCUGUCUUUUCAACAGGGUGGGUUGUUGAUGGCGAACAAGAAGUGUGAGCUUCCGUUGGGGUCUUAUAGGAACCAUAGGAAGGGGUAUGAGGAGGUUCAUGUGCCGGCUCUGAAGCCUAAGCCAUUGGCUGAUAACGAGCAGUUGGUGAAGAUUGCAAGCAUGCCUGAGUGGUCGCAACCGGCUUUUAGAGGAAUGACCCAGUUGAACAGGGUCCAGAGUAAAGUUUACGAGACUGCGUUGUUUAGUGCAGAAAACAUCUUGUUGUGUGCUCCUACUGGUGCUGGGAAAACAAAUGUGGCUAUGCUCACCAUACUUCAGCAGCUUGCUUUGAAUAUGAGUGCUGAUGGGUCUAUUAGCCAUAACAGUUAUAAGAUCGUGUAUGUUGCGCCCAUGAAAGCUCUGGUUGCUGAGGUGGUUGGCAACCUCUCUAACCGUCUUCAGCAUUAUGGGGUCCAGGUGAAAGAGCUUAGUGGAGAUCAGACAUUGACUCGUCAGCAGAUUGAAGAAACUCAAAUUAUUGUGACUACUCCUGAAAAGUGGGACAUCAUUACCAGAAAAUCAGGUGAUCGAACGUACACGCAGCUUGUGAAACUUCUGAUUGUUGACGAGAUCCAUCUUCUGCAUGAUAAUAGAGGUCCUGUGCUUGAGAGUAUCAUUGCAAGAACUGUUCGGCAGAUUGAAUCUACAAAAGAUCAUAUCCGGCUGGUUGGAUUAUCUGCUACCCUACCAAACUAUGAAGAUGUUGCAGUACUUUUACGAGUAGAUCCAGAUAAAGGUCUCUUCCACUUUGAUAAUAGCUACAGGCCCGUUCCUCUGGCCCAGCAGUACAUUGGUAUUACAGUAAAGAAGCCACUGCAGAGAUUUCAGUUAAUGAAUGAUGUGUGUUACGAGAAGGUGAUCAGCGUUGCCGGAAAGCAUCAAGUGCUUAUCUUUGUCCACUCGAGGAAGGAAACCACCAAAACAGCUCGUGCAAUUCGUGAUACGGCCCUUGCCAAUGACACACUUAGUAAGUUCUUGAAGGAAGAUAGUGUAAGUCGUGAAAUUUUGCAGUCUCAGGUGGAGCUAAUCAAGAGUAGCGAUCUGAAGGACCUGCUGCCCUAUGGUUUUGCAAUUCAUCAUGCAGGGAUGGCUAGAGCUGAUAGGCAAAUUGUUGAGGAGCUCUUUACUGAUGGGCACAUACAAGUAUUAGUUUCUACUGCAACUCUUGCCUGGGGUGUCAACUUGCCUGCCCAUACUGUUAUUAUCAAAGGAACCCAAAUUUACAAUCCUGAGAAAGGAGCAUGGACUGAAUUAAGUCCUUUAGACGUCAUGCAGAUGCUUGGUCGUGCUGGGAGGCCGCAAUAUGAUACAUAUGGCGAAGGAAUAAUUAUCACUGGACAUAGUGAAUUACACUAUUAUCUGUCUUUAAUGAAUCAGCAGCUUCCCAUUGAAAGUCAGUUCAUAUCGAAGUUGGCUGAUCAGUUGAAUGCAGAAAUUGUCCUUGGAACUGUGCAGAAUGCUAGAGAAGCAUGCAAAUGGCUCUUAUAUACUUACCUUUGGGUUCGCAUGGUGCGGAAUCCUAGCCUCUAUGGUUUGACGCCUGAUUCGGUGGCCAAAGAUAAGACCCUGGAGGAAAGACGAGCUGAUCUGAUACAUUCAGCAGCUACAGUGUUGGAUAAGAAUAAUCUGGUGAAGUAUGACAGGAAGAGUGGAUACUUCCAGGUCACCGACUUGGGACGAAUUGCUAGCUAUUACUACAUAAGUCAUGGGACGAUAUCUACAUACAAUGAGCAUUUGAAACCAACCAUGGGUGAUAUUGAGCUUUGUCGUCUGUUCUCGCUUAGUGAAGAGUUUAAAUACGUUACUGUUAGACAGGAUGAGAAGAUGGAACUAGCCAAGCUGUUGGACCGGGUACCAAUACCUGUCAAAGAGAGUCUUGAGGAACCUAGCGCAAAAAUUAAUGUUCUACUUCAAGCUUAUAUAUCACAGUUGAAGCUUGAAGGACUAUCAUUGACAUCUGACAUGGUUUACAUCACUCAGAGUGCUGGACGUUUGAUGCGGGCGCUGUUUGAAAUUGUCCUAAAGAGAGGGUGGGCCCAACUAGCUGAGAAGGCUUUGAAGCUGUGUAAGAUGAUUGGCAAGAGGAUGUGGAGCGUGCAGACACCACUUCGCCAAUUUCAUGGUCUUCCGAAUGAAAUUAUGAUGAAGCUGGAAAAGAAGGAUUUGGCCUGGGAAAGGUACUAUGAUCUCUCUGUCCAGGAGAUCGGAGAACUCAUUCGCUUUACAAAGAUGGGGAAAACACUUCAUAAAUGCAUUCAUCAGUUUCCAAAGCUAAACCUGAAUGCGCAGGUUCAACCAAUUACCCGCUCUGUUUUGAAGGUUGAGCUAACCAUAACGCCCGACUUCAUGUGGGAAGACAAGGUCCACGGAUAUGUAGAACCUUUUUGGAUCAUAGUUGAGGACAACGACGGGGAAAAUAUUCUCCAUCACGAAUAUUUCAUGCUUAAGAAGCAGUAUAUCGAUGAAGAGCACACGCUGCAUUUUACUAUCCCCAUAUAUGAGCCGCUGCCUCCUCAGUACUUCAUAGUUGUUGUGUCUGAUAAAUGGCUGGGCGCACAGACUGUUCUGCCCGUUUCUUUCCGGCAUCUGAUACUGCCUGAAAAGUACCCUCCUCCGACUGAGCUUCUCGAUUUGCAGCCCUUGCCCGUGACAGCACUGAGAAACCCCGAGUACGAAGCCCUUUAUCAGCAGUUCAAGCAUUUCAAUCCCAUUCAAACACAGGUCUUCACAGUCCUUUACAACUCGGACGACAAUGUUCUGGUGGCUGCCCCCACAGGCAGUGGGAAGACCAUAUGCGCCGAGUUUGCCAUUCUGCGAAAUCUUCAGAAAGGGCCCGAUAACAUCAUGCGGGCUGUUUACAUUGCUCCUAUUGAAGCUCUCGCGAAGGAAAUGUAUCGCAAUUGGAAGGAGAAAUUCGGAAAGGGCCUUGGAUUGAGGGUGGUCAAGUUAACUGGCGAGACUGCGACCGACUUGAAACUUAUCGAGAAAGGUCAGAUAAUUAUAAGCACCCCCGAGAAAUGGGAUGCUCUGUCUCGCCGGUGGAAACAGCGGAAGCACGUCCAGCAGGUCAGCCUCUUCAUCAUCGACGAGCUUCACUUGAUGGGUGGGCAAGGUGGGCCCGUUUUAGAAAUCAUUGUCUCCAGAAUGCGUUACAUCACUAGCCAGCUGGAUAACAAAAUCCGAAUCGUGGCCCUCUCGACUUCCCUUGCGAAUGCGAAGGAUUUGGGAGAAUGGAUUGGGGCCACGUCUCACGGUCUUUUUAACUUUCCUCCUGGCGUAAGGCCCGUGCCCUUGGAAAUCCAUAUUCAAGGCGUCUACAUUGCCAAUUUCGAAGGCCGGAUGCAGGCCAUGACAAAACCGACAUACACGGCAAUCGUGCAGCAUGCCAAGAACGGGAAGCCUGCAAUCGUCUUCACCCCCACCAGGAAGCACACUCGUCUCACGGCAGUUGACCUCAUGACUUACUCGAGUAUGGACAGCGAACAGAAUCCUCUGUUUUUGCUUCGGCCGAAAGAGGAGCUCGACCCGUUUGUUGUCGACAUCAAAGAGCCUAUGCUGAAGGAGACGAUUCAGUUUGGCGUGGGGUACUUGCACGAGGGCCUUAGCAGCACGGAUCAGGAUAUAGUGAAGACACUUUUCGAGACGGGUAUGAUUCAGGUUUGCGUGAUGAGCAGCUCCAUGUGCUGGGGGGUCCCGCUUUCCGCGCACCUCGUUGUAGUCAUGGGAACACAGUAUUACGAUGGCAGGGAAAAUUCGCACACUGAUUACCCAGUGCCGGAUUUACUCCAGAUGAUGGGGCACGCCAGCCGGCCUCUCGUGGACAACUCAGGAAAAUGUGUCAUCCUCUGCCACGCCCCUCGCAAAGAGUACUACAAGAAAUUCUUGUACGAGGCCUUACCUGUCGAGAGCAACUUGCACCACUUCUUGCACGACAAUUUGAAUGCAGAGGUCGUGGUUGGGGUCAUACAAAACAAACAAGACGCUGUGGACUACCUCACGUGGACCUUCAUGUACAGGAGGCUCACACAGAACCCGAACUUCUAUAAUCUCCAAGGCGUGAGCCACCGCCACUUGUCCGAUCACCUUUCAGAGCUCGUCGAGACCACGCUCAGCGAUCUCGAGGUGAGUAAGUGCGUCGCUAUCGAGGACGACUUCUUGCUGUCCCCUCUCAACCUCGGCAUGAUAGCCUCUUACUACUACAUCAGUUACACGACAAUCGAGCAGUUCAGUUCUACCCUGACUUCAAAGACGAGGCUGAAGAGUCUCCUGGAGAUUCUGUCCUCUGCCUCGGAGUACGAGCAGAUCCCAAUCAGACCUGGGGAGGAGGAGUUGAUACGGAGGCUAAUCAACCACCAACGAUUCUCGUUCGAGAACCCGAAAUUCACAGAUCCAAGCGUGAAGGCCAACGCCCUUUUGCAGGCUCACUUUUCCAGGCAGGCGAUUGGCGGGAAUCUGGCCUCCGACCAACGAGAGGUGCUAAUUUACGCGAGCAGGCUGCUUCAGGCAAUGGUGGACGUCAUUUCCAGCAAUGGCUGGCUAAGCCUUGCCCUACUUACUAUGGAAGUCAGCCAGAUGGUGACUCAGGGCAUGUGGGAACGCGAUUCCAUGCUCCUCCAGCUGCCGCACUUCACCAAGGAGCUGGCGAUUAGGUGCAAGGAAAAUCCGGGAAAACCGAUCGAGACCAUCUUUGACCUUUUGGAGAUGGAGGAUGACGAGAGGCGUGAGCUUCUGCAGAUGUCGGAUGCGCAGUUGAUGGAUAUUGCUCGUUUUUGCAACCGUUUUCCGAAUAUUGACCUGAGUUACGAUGUUCCGGGUGCAGAUAAUGUUGGGGUUGGGGAGGACUUGAGCAUUAUCGUUAGCCUCGAGCGUGAUCUCGAGGGGAGGGUGGAGGUGGGGCCCGUGGAUGCUCCCAGGUACCCAAAGUCGAAGGAGGAAGGGUGGUGGUUGGUGGUUGGUGAUACCAAAACGAAUCAGCUGCAUGCGAUUAAAAGGGUUUCUCUCCAGAGGAAGUCGAGGGUGAAGCUCGACUUUACGGCACCUAAUGAGCCUGGGAAGAAAACUUAUACCCUAUAUUUCAUGUGUGAUUCGUAUCUGGGGUGUGAUCAGGAGUAUACCUUCGCGAUUGAUGUGAAGGAGGCUAUGGCUGAGGAGUGAUGGUUGCGGCGGAUCUUAUCUUCGUGAAAAUGAGUAAAAGUUAAGAGGUGGAGUUAUGAGACUGCGAGCCAUGGCCACAACUGUGUUGAGUGUUUGCAGAGUCCCAGUUGGCAUAGUUUUGUUCAAGUACUGUAUUGUCUAUCCUUUGCUGUGGGAUUUUGGACCUUUGUUAUGACUGCGUGCUUUUAUGAACAGGUUUUAUUAGUUGGCACAGUUUGUAUAAGUAUUGUAUUGUCUAUCAUUUGCUGUGGGAUUUUGGACUUUGUUAUGACUACGCGCUUUUAUGGUCUCAUUUUAUUAGUUGGCAUAGUUUGUAUAAGCACUGUAUUGUGCUUUUAUGGUCAGGUUUUUUUAUUUGAUAGCUCCUGGACGGAUUUACAAAAUUUUAAUUUAGCAUUGUUAAGUACAUUACGGAUAGUUGGAAUAAUUGCAAAUUU